CCGACGUGUGCAGUUCGCCGAACAGUUUGGGCAGAAACAAGUGCCACCGGUGAACCGACAACUUGACUCCGAUUCGAGACAGCAUCAAUCACCGUGAUAACCAAAGAAAUCGCUGCAUUUGUGUUACGUGAAGCGUAAAAACGCAGGCCAUCAAAGUGAAUUCCAUUUACUGGCAAAAACCGAGCUAACAAUAAAGUGCAACUGAAUCGGAAAGUGAACGCCGGGGUGAAUAAAGUAAAUACGAGGCAGUGGCAGAGCUGUGAGUCGGUUAGUGGCAAGUUACAAGAACAGCGGCAACUGCGGGCUGAAAGCAACGGCAGCCGGGAAUCAUGAGCGAGAAACGAAUCGCACACAAAACUGUCAUCAAAUGACAAAUGCUUGACAGCAUCAAUCAACAACUGCGACGACAGCGGCGACAGCGACGACGACUGCGACUGAGACGGACGACGAUGGCAGCAAGUUGCCGGCGGCGUCGGCAGAGCAUCAGGUGCGUCGGCAGUAUCAGAUCUCUGCUGAUACUGCUGCUGCUGAUGGUGCCGACGCUGCCAGCUCAGGUGGCAGGCGAGGAAACCAAAGAAAAUCGAACAAAAGCCAUGCAGCAGUCUGACUUCCAGGACUCGCUGCCCCACAAUCUCAGCCAAGUUGCAGUAAACAAGUCCUUGGCCACGCCCACCACCGCGAGCUUGCCCUCGGGCAUCAGGGAGAACGUGAUGCUGCCCUCGGCCGAUCCCGAAAAGGAGGCCCAGAUCCUCUACGAGAAGUCUCUGCAGGAGUACCACGGAAGCCAGCUUCCCGCCACCGCCUCCGGAAACUCCUCAAGCGGCAAGCAUCUUCAACCGCAGCAGCCGCAGCGCACCCUGCACACCAUCUGCGAGCGGUGGCAGCAGAAGCACUGCCACUGCAGCGGCAGCCUUGAGAGCUUGCGACUUAGCUGCCGAGGGAUCGGUAUCCUGGCGGUGCCCGUAAACUUGCCCAGCGAGGUGAUGGUCCUAGAUUUGGGAAACAACAACUUAACCAAAUUGGAGGCGAACUCAUUUUUUAUGGUGCCGAAUCUGGAAGAGCUAACUUUGUCCGACAAUAGCAUCAUUAAUAUGGAUCCCAAUGCAUUCUAUGGUCUGGGCAAAUUGAAACGCUUGAGCUUGCAGAACUGUGGGCUCAAGUCCCUGCCGCCGCAAUCGUUCCAAGGACUCGGCCAGCUGACCAGCCUCCAGCUGAACGGCAAUGCCCUGGUCAACCUGGACGGGGAUUGUCUCGGCCACUUGCAGAAACUACGCACCCUGCGCCUCGAGGGCAACCUGUUCUAUCGCAUACCCACAAACGCUCUGGCCGGACUCAGAACCCUCGAAGCACUCAAUUUGGGCAGCAAUUUGUUGACAAUAAUAAACGACGAGGACUUUCCCCGAAUGCCAAACUUGAUCGUGCUUUUGUUGAAGCGAAACCAAAUCAUGAAAAUAUCCGCGGGUGCUCUUAAAAAUCUAACCGCUUUGAAAGUUUUGGAACUGGAUGAUAAUUUAAUAAGCAGCCUGCCCGAAGGACUCAACAAACUGUCGCAUUUACAGGAGCUGUCCAUGACCAGCAAUCGAAUGCGCUGGAUAAACGACACAGACCUGCCCAGGAGCAUGCAAAUGCUGGACAUGAGGGCCAACCCCCUUUCGACCAUUUCCGCAGGAGCCUUUCGAGGAAUGACCAAAUUGCGGAAGCUGAUUUUAUCUGACGUACGCACUUUGCGAUCCUUUCCCGAACUUGAAGCCUGCCAUGCCCUGGAGAUUCUCAAGCUUGACCGAGCCGGAAUUCAGGAAGUGCCAUCUAAUCUAUGCCGUCAAACUCCAAGACUGAAGAGCUUAGAACUCAAAACCAAUUCCCUGAAACGCAUCCCAAAUUUAAGUAGCUGCAGAGACUUAAGGCUGUUAGAUCUAUCCAGCAAUCAAAUAGAAACGGUCCAAGGAAAGCCCUUCAAUGGUCUAAAGCAACUGCAUGAUCUGUUGCUCUCGUACAAUCGAAUCAAGUCCUUGCCCCAGGAUGCCUUUUACGGGAUCCCCAAGCUGCAACUAUUGGACCUGGAGGGCAAUGAGAUCUCGUAUAUACACAAAGAAGCUUUUUCGGCAUUUACUGCCCUUGAGGAUCUGAAUCUGGGUAAUAACAUAUUUCCCGAGCUACCUGAAUCGGGACUGCGGGCGUUGCUCCAUUUGAAGACCUUCAACAAUCCGAAGCUGAGGGACUUCCCUCCGCCGGACACCUUUCCCCGCAUUCAAACGCUCAUCUUGUCCUAUGCCUACCAUUGCUGCGCCUUUCUACCCUUGGUGGCAAUGUCUUCGCAGCGAAAACCCUCCCAGGUCCAGGAAGCUGUCCUAUUUCCCUCCGAUGCAGAGUUCGAUAUGACUUUGUGGAACAAUAGCAUGAUGAAUAUAUGGCCCCAAAUGCAUAAUCUCAGCAAACAGCUGGGCGCCACCAUUCACGAUCCCUGGGAGAUGGCGGUCAACUUCAACGAGGAGCAACUGCAAUCGCAGACUGGAGGUCAGAUCGCUACCAGCUACAUGGAGGAGUAUUUCGAGGAGCACGAGAUGAGUGGGCCCGGCACUGGCUACGGCUUUGGCACCGGGCUCUUCUCGGGGAUUUCCACUGAGGACUUUCAGCCCGGUUCGGUGCAGUGUCUACCGAUGCCGGGACCGUUCUUGCCCUGCACAGAUCUCUUCGACUGGUGGACCCUGCGCUGCGGGGUGUGGGUGGUCUUCCUCCUGGCCCUUUUGGGAAACGGAACGGUGGUCUUUGUACUGAUCUGCUCUCGCUCCAAGAUGGAUGUGCCGAGGUUUCUGGUCUGCAACCUAGCAGCGGCCGAUUUCUUCAUGGGAAUCUACUUAGGCAUUCUGGCCAUUGUGGACGCCGCCACUUUGGGCGAGUUCCGAAUGUUUGCCAUACCCUGGCAGAUGUCGUUGCUGUGCCAACUGUCGGGAUUCCUGGCCGUGCUGAGUUCAGAGCUCUCCGUAUACACACUGGCAGUGAUCACGCUGGAGCGUAACUAUGCCAUCACCCAUGCCAUCCAUCUCAACAAAAGAUUAUCCCUGAGGCAGGCCGGCUACAUCAUGGGGGUGGGCUGGAUAUUCGCCUUGGUCAUGGCCCUGCUACCCUUAAUGGGCGUGUCGGAUUACCGCAAGUUCGCUGUGUGCCUGCCCUUCGAGACCACCACGGGCCCGGCCAGCUUGACCUACGUCAUCUCGCUGAUGUUCAUCAAUGGAUGCGCCUUCCUGACCCUGAUGGGCUGCUACCUAAAGAUGUACUGGGCAAUCCGGGGCAGCCAGGCUUGGAACACGAACGACUCGCGGAUAGCCAAGAGGAUGGCCCUGCUGGUAUUCACCGAUUUCCUCUGCUGGUCCCCAAUCGCUUUCUUCUCCAUCACGGCCAUCUUCGGCCUGCAGUUGAUCUCUCUGGAGCAGGCCAAGAUUUUCACGGUGUUUGUGCUCCCUCUGAACAGCUGCUGCAAUCCGUUCCUUUACGCCAUCAUGACCAAGCAGUUCAAGAAGGACUGCGUCACCCUGUGCAAGCACUUUGAGGAGUCUCGGGUGGUCGGAGGCGGGGGCGGUCAAGGUGGUGGUCGAGGCGGGGUCCGCACAAAACGGGGAGAGCUGCCCCCGCCCUUGCUGCCCACUGCUGCGGCUGUGGCCCAUCCACCCGGCUGCCGCUGUCUAAGGAUGCUGCCCAGCGAAAUGCCCAACUGGCACAAAAUGGAGCAAACGCCCAGCCUGUGGCAGCGACUGAGGGCCUUCUGCUGCGGGGAGCGACGACGGCGACGCAAGCAGCGCCGCCAGCCACAGCAGCGCCGCCAAAGGGCUUACACGGCGGCAGCUGCCAAUCCGUACCAGUACCAGUUCGCCGAGCUCCGCCAGCAGCGCCAGAACCGAGCCAGCUCCAUCUCCAGCGAGAACUUCUGCAGCUCCCGGUCCUCCAGCUGGCGACACGGCCCACCUUCCUCCGCUCCCGGGCCUCCUGGUAACUGCAGCAUGCCGCUGAAGAUGAUCGAGCCUCACGGCCACAUCCACGGUCGCAGACGCCACUCCGCUUGGCUGAUCACCCGCAAGACAUCGCAGGACUCGAACUUGUCCAGCUCACGGAACGACUCGUCUGCCUCGGCCACUACCGCCAGCACCUCUACUUUCCGGCUGUCGCGUUCCAGUGCAGGGAGCAGCACACCCCUGCCCUCGAUUAUAGCUCACAACGGAAAGGCGCAACUAGAGGCCGUAAAGCCACGUCUGGUUAGACAAGAGGCUGUUCAGGAGGAGGAGGACUCCUCGCCGCCCCGCCUCGGAGUCCGAUUCCUGCCAACCAUCCCUUCGGCAGCCGACAGUUCGGUGAUAAUGGAGGAUGGCGAUUCAUCUAAUGCCGGAGUGGCGGGAUUUCUGGGCAUGCCACUGCCAGGAGCCUCCAGUGGUUUCCUGAUCGCCCCCUCCUCCGCCCCACCGCCGGCUGUGCUGCAGCCAGCGAAACCCCCGCCCGACCCCAAUGACGCCCCGCCAUGAUGGUGGGACUUCGGCUGGCUGAGGAUGAGCAGGGCCAACCGGGAGACGUUUCUGUAGGCUGCACUGGGAACAGGACGAAAGCUGACUGUGUUCAUAGCUUGUAUUCGGGGUGGGGCGGGGCGUGUGAGGAGGAGGGUCAAAGGAUGCGGCACCUAGGCUAUUAACGACACAAAAUACACAAAAACACACAAAGAAGAUAUUAGAUGCAUAGUAUUAAGUAGUCAAUUUGUUAAGUUCCAACCGAACGAAUGGAUGAAACUCAUUUUAAGCCCAAAUUAGUCAAGUCCCCGAACUCUUGUUAUAUCUUCGAUUUAAGGGGUAUUUUGUUUCACAAUCUAAAA